UCGAACACCGCAGCGACAGUUGGGGUCCUUCGUUUCAUAACAACAACAUGGCGGUCCUCUGCAGAGUCAAACACCGAUGGAAGUCAUUCAGUUGCUGUCGUCUGAUGACCACAACCUUGUCAGGGAAGUAUGAGUACGAUGUGGUGGUCAUUGGAGGCGGUUCAGGAGGGCUUGCCUGUUCCAAGGAAGCUGCUCAACUCGGACUCAGCGUUGCUGUUCUGGAUUAUGUGGAGCCCUCUGUUAAAGGCACCAAGUGGGGGCUCGGUGGCACGUGUGUUAAUGUUGGCUGCAUACCGAAGAAGCUCAUGCACCAGGCGGCUCUGCUUGGCACCGCAGUCAAAGAUGCCAAGAAGUAUGGUUGGCAGAUCUCAGGACCAAUUUCACAUGACUGGGUUACCAUGGCGGAGGCAAUUCAGAACCACGUCAGAUCUCUAAACUGGGGUCACCGGGUCCAGCUCCAGGACAAGAAAGUGAAGUAUCUGAACAUGAAAGGGAUCCUGGUAGAUGAACACACUGUCAAAGGACUCACGAAAGCCGGGAAGGAGAUGACCCUGACUGCCAAGAACAUUGUGAUUGCGACAGGUGGACGACCCAAACUCCCGACGAAUAUCCCUGGAGCCAUGGAACACGGCAUCACCAGCGAUGACAUAUUCUGGCUGAAAGAAUCACCUGGAAAAACGCUUGUGGUCGGAGCGAGCUAUGUGGCUCUUGAGUGUGCAGGCUUCCUCACAGGCAUCGGCUUGGACACCACCGUGAUGGUCCGCAGCAUCGCCCUCCGGGGUUUUGAUCAGCAAAUGGCAGGAUUGGUGACAGACUACAUGGAGUCCUAUGGAACAAAGUUUGCAUGGAAGUGUGUCCCCACGAGUGUUGAAAAACUCCCAACAGGAGUCUUACAAGUGACCUGGAGUGAUAUCCUGACAGGCAACACACACAAGGACACCUACGAUACUGUGUUGUGGGCAAUCGGUCGAGCUCCAGAAACUAAAGCUCUGGGUCUCAACAAGCUCCAAGUACAACUCAACAAGAAGACGGGCAAAAUAAUUGUGUGCGUUGAUGAGUCUACCACUGUGCCAUACAUCUUUGCUUUAGGUGACAUAAGCCAGGGUCGCCCUGAACUGACCCCGACGGCCAUUAAAGCAGGGAAACUCCUCGCCCGCAGACUCGCCGGCCGGAGCACGGCGCUCAUGAACUAUGACAAUGUAGCCACAACAGUUUUCACCCCUCUGGAGUAUGGUUGUGUGGGCCUGUCGGAGGAGGAGGCGGAAAGCAAGCAUGGCAAAGACAACAUAGAGGUUUUCCACGCUUUCUACAAGCCACUGGAAUUCACCGUCGCCGAGCGUGAUGCGAGCCAGUGUUACUUAAAGGUGAUAUGUGAGCGGGCCGGCGUCCAGAAAAUCCUGGGUCUGCACUUUACUGGUCCGAAUGCAGGAGAGGUCACGCAGGGCUUUGCCAUGGGCUUCCAGUGUGGGGCUACAUAUUCACACCUGCUGGAGACCGUGGGCAUCCACCCGACGUGUGCCGAGGAGCUAACCAAGGUCAACGUCACAAAACGUUCCGGAUCGGAUGCCACGGUCACCGGAUGCUGAGGUUAAGUCCCCUCGGUCUUGGAACACUGAGCACACCAGGAAAAAAAAAAAAAAAAGGUUAGUCGGGUCUAAGUAAUCUAGAUUUAAUCCGCUCUCUCUUUUUUAUUCUUCUCCUCUCCAUCAUGCUGUGCCGCUCCCUCAGGGUAUAUCACCUGUUACCCAGGUGACUAGAAAUUGGCUUUUAUUUGAUAAACAAGACAAGCGGUCCAUUUACGUGGACCCCCGAC